AUGUUCAUACGAAAUACAGUAAUUAGUCAACAAUCGGAUAAAUUAAUUCGUUCAACUUUUUUCAACAGUGUUCUUCUUUUGAUAUUUCUUCACUUAUCGAAUGCAGAUAUACGUUUGAGAAGAAAUGUCAAUAAGUAUCCAGAUUUACUAGAGAUUCCAUCAGAGGGAAGAAAUAAAUCUUCAGUGAUUGAAGAUGUUCUCAAUCGACAGCAGCGUGAUAUUCAACUUAGUAUGAAGAACUACAAGUACCCCAAAAGCAAUCAUGGAUCGAAUAUCAGCGAUAUUGAUGACCUGCUAAUAAACAAAGGUGGAAGACCAUUGAGAAGUGUCAUCCUCGGUUAUUGGCGAGGUGGAAGUACUUUUCUUGGUGAAAUACUAAACUCACAUCCAGCAAAUUUUUAUCAUUUUGAACCGCUGCUAGAUUUUGGAAUUGUAAGGAUACGAAGUCCUCCUUUGGCAGAAGAAGCAAUCGCUAAUCUCAUUGCAUUGUUCAACUGCGACUAUGAUAAAUUACAGCAUUAUAUUGAAUACGGAAAAACUACCCCUUGGGGCUUUAAAUACAAUCCUCGCUUGUGGAAAAAUUGUGAGACUUAUAAAAAUAUUUGUUGGGAUUCUAAUUAUCUAAGAGAAUUUUGUCGAUUGUUUCCUUUUCAAUCGAUGAAAAUUUUAAGAUUGACAUUGCAAAUUGCUCAAGUUUUGCUGCAGGAUGAAAAACUUGGAGUUCACAUGGCAUUAUUAGUAAGAGAUCCACGAGGACUGGUACAGUCACGCAAACAUCCAAAAUGGUGUCAAGAUAGCCACGACUGUUCAGACCCAGCACUUUUAUGUGCUGACAUGGUGUCAGACUAUGAAAUCGCCACUCAGCUUAAAAAGAAAUAUCCACAUAGCUUCAAGGUGAUUCGCUAUGAAGAUCUAUCUACUGAUCCAAUCUCUGAAUCAAAGGAGCUGUUCAAUUUUUAUGGUCUCAAUUUUCACAGUGACGUACAGAAUUAUUUAGAGACUCACACAUUGAGUGACUCUGGUGGUAAAUUUAGCACUUUUCGUAAUUCAAAAGCUACUCCAUUUCAUUGGCGUGAUGAUCUUGACUUUGAAGAAGUUCAAGAGAUUCAACGUGUUUGCUCAACUGCUAUGAGACUGUGGGGUUACGCGAUGGCUGCUAACCAAACUCAUCAAAAAGAAUUUAAUCCAGUUAUUAGAAAUUAUCGUCUUCUUUGA